UUGUUCCUUCCCUCCCAUCUCUAAUGUCGCCUUGGACCAUCACUGUUCUCUUGGUAGUCCUUGGCGGGCUCUGGUCUUUAGCAGCCCAUCUCCAGGAUGCUUCGAGAGCAAGACAAGGUGAUCAUCACCGACUACCGCCAGGUCCUCGGGGGCUGCCGAUUCUAGGGAAUCUUCUCAUGUUGGGUGAUUUUCCUCAUCAUACCUUCCGUCAGUUGGCCAAGAAGUAUGGACCCAUCAUGUACAUUCGGCUCGGCCUUGUGCGGACCAUGGUAGUUUCAUCUCCUCAGGUAGCCAAGUUGUUCCUCAACACUCAUGAUCUUGUCUUUGCCAGUCGACCUUACAACAUGGUCAUGCAUAUCAUCGCAUAUGGGAACAAGGGCAUUGCCUUUUCUCCAUACGGUCCAUAUUGGCGUAACGUCCGCAAAUUGUGCACCAUACAGCUACUUAGCGCUGCCAAAGUUGAUUCACUCAAGCAUAUGAGGAAAGAGGAAGUUGGUCUUUUUGUUCGGUUGCUCAAAGAUCACUCUGGUGUAGUGGUUGAUGUGAGUGCCAAGGUGGGUUCCCUGAUAGAAGAUAUGACUUACUGGUUGUUGAUAGGAAGCAAGGUCGACAGAUUCAACCUCAAACCAGUUGUACAGGAAGCAUUUAUCCUUAUUGGAGCUUUCAACCUGGCCGAUUACAUUCCCUGCCUUGGCUCAUUCGACCUCCAGGGAUUGACUCGUCGCAUGAAGGCAAUAGGCAAAGUGUUUGAUGAGUUCCUCGAGAAGAUCAUUGAUGAACACAUACAAGAUGCUAAAAAUCGCCAAAACAACCACAAGGAUGACUUCAUCGAUGUAAUGUUACUAUUAAUGAAGGAAUCUCAAAAUGCAACAGAUGAACAAGGCUAUAUGAUCGAUCGAACCAAUAUUAAAGCAAUCAUUUUAGACAUACUUGUGGCUGCAAUGGACACAUCAAUUGUCACAGUUGAAUGGGCCCUUUCCGAACUGUUAAGGCAUCCAAAGGUGUUGGAAAAGCUCCAAGAAGAAUUGAGGGAUAAAGUAGGCAUGGAUCGGGUAGUUGAAGAAGAGGAUUUAGUGAAGCUGAAUUACUUGGACAUGGUAGUGAAGGAAGUUAUGAGGCUUCACCCUGUUGCUCCAUUGCUUGCGCCUCGUGAGUCCAUGGAAGAUAUAACAAUCAACGGAUACCAUAUACCCAAGAAAUCUCGUGUCAUUAUAAAUGCAUGGGCAAUUCAACGAGACCCGAUUGUGUGGUCAGAUAAUGCUGAGGAAUUCUUGCCUGAAAGAUUCAUUGACAAUAAUAAUAUUGACAUUCGGAGACGUGAUUACCAGUUUAUACCAUUUGGAUCAGGUCGUAGAGGGUGUCCGGGCAUUCAUUUGGGCCUUGUUGUAGUUAAAUUGGUACUUGCACAAAUGGUACAUUGCUUUGAUUGGGAGCUACCCAAUGGCAUGUCACCUGAUGACUUGGACAUGACUGAGAAGUUCGGCCUCACAGUUGCCAGGGCCAGUCAUUUACUUGCUAUUCCGACUUAUCGACUAUGAGUGGCACCAAUUAAUUGUAAGGAGACUCUAAU